AUGGGGGGAGGCCGCCACCACAGGCUGCGCUCUGCCACACCAGAGUACAACUUGGAAGGUUUCGAGUUCGUCACGAUCAUACUCGAGAAUUCCUCCAAGAGGCAGAGGCUUCCUGACACUUUUAUGAAGAUGCUGGACGACCAUCGGCCAAAGAAUGUGAAGCUGCGACAGGCCGGCAGCGGGCUUUGCAGGCUGUGGGACGUGCAUGUGGUCUUCAGGUACGAUCACAUGUACCUGUGUCGUGGCUGGGAGCAGUUCGUCCGUGCCUACGACAUGCGGCAUGGGUACUUCCUUGUCCUCAGGUACGACGGCAACGCCACGCUCACCGUGAAGGUGUUCAAGACGAACAAUGGGAGCAGCAGCGACUCUGGCUACAGCAAAAGCAGUAGUGAGUCUGACUACAGCAAAAGCAGCAGCGAGGAUGAUCCGGAAUGGAGUGGGGAAGAAGAGGAGCAGAGUGGGGAUGAGGAGGUGCAGCCUAUUCUGUCUGACGAUGACCUCGCGAUGCGCAUCAAGAUGAUGAAGGAGAAGGAGAAGAAGGAGGAGUGA